CAGCAGAGAUGAUUUAGUAAUGGGCUAUGCAGUCGCGUUAAUAGGAGCGCGAGGGCAGCUGCCACAGCGUCCCUCAUGCUCAACAACACUGAUAGCUAAUACGGAUCAAAAGACAUACGUCUGAAUUUUGGAAUCAUCUUCUCCGCGACGUAACGCAACGCAAUAUUGCUCAUCAUCACCAUCACCAUCACAGGCGCAUCCUGCCGACAUGGCCUCGUCCGUGAGCGGAGCGGAGGAAGUGCGCGUGUCGGCGUUGACGCCCCUGAAGUUGGUGGGUCUGGUGUGUAUUUUCCUCGCACUGUGCCUAGAUGUCGGGGCCGUUCUGAGUCCGGCGUGGGUCACCGCGGAUGACCAGUACCACCUGUCCCUGUGGGAGUCGUGCUGGAAGCCCGCUUCCUCCGCGACCUGGCGGUGUAGCAGCACGUUGGGGACCGACUGGCAGAUCGCCACAUUGGCGUUGUUGUUGGGUGGCUCGUUCCUUAUCCUCCUUUCCUUCCUGGUGGCUCUGGUGUCUGUCUGCAUUCGCUCCAGGAGAUGCUUCUACCGGCCGGUCGCAGUUAUGCUCUUUGCUGCAGUGGUUCUACAGGCUUGCUGUUUGGUGCUGUAUCCUAUCAAGUUCAUCGAGACCAUCAGUUUAAGAAUAUACCAUGAGUUUAACUGGGGUUAUGGUCUGGCCUGGGGGGCCACCAUCUUCUCCUUCGGAGGAGCAAUUCUCUACUGCCUGAACCCCAAGAACUACGAAGAUUACUACUAAACCUGCUACAAUAUCCACAAUACACUUCAAUGUCCUCUUCACUGUUUGUAUAGCAGCUGAAUGCACUGAAUUUCCAUUCUCUUUGCAGAAGGGAUCUUGAAUUUGCACACACACACACACACAAUGAAACAUUCAAAAGUGCAGAGCAAUGCCAAGCUGUUAGAUAUGGAUGUAAAUUCUGUAUAUUUUGAUGCUUUUUUGCAUCCUCAUUUUUAAUCACCAUUCACUAUUAUUUUCUCUCUCUCGUUAAUCUCAUGAAAUUAAACCCUAUCAUUCAAAUUCUAUUCUUUUUCAUUCUGUCAUUUUUAUCCACUCUCUCUCCUCAUGUCAUUCUAACACCUUCUCUGAUCUUCAUCUUACGGUCAGAUGAGAAUCUAACUCCAGAUGUCGGGCUAUGUUCAUAGGAAUACUGUGAUGUGAUCUGUGGGGAAACCUCCAUCUGUGGUUGGAUGUGAUGCAAGGCAAACAGAAGGCUUCUACAAAUCUGACAGAAUCAAACAGUGCCCUGAAAUACACGGAUUCAGUUAUUACUUACAGUAGUAAUAGCUUAUAUUAGGUGUAAAUGUCAGUUUUGAGAAAAAUUAUUUAGAUGGCAUUUGAGAGUAUAUAACUGAAAAAUCAUAUAAUGAUUUGAAAUGAGGAAUGCUAUUAGUAUGUUAUUAGUACAGUAAAGGCAUACUUUUUGUGUGGGUAUCCCAAUGACAGAUGUUAAAUUUGCAUGUCCCAUAAGCCAAACAGCAGUUAUCAUUAUGAGACUGGUCAGGAUACUUAAAAAGAUCUCCACUUAGCCACAGAUGUACAUCAAAACAAAACUGCCCUUCUGAAGUGGUAGGAUAGACUAAGAUUUAUGUUAAGCACAUAUCCUGUACAUAUCACGUGGAUUAAAAUCUUAGUGCACAUAAAAAAUAUUUCUGAGAUCUUCAUUUCACAAAGGAUUUGGGUACAGAUACUUUGCAUUGUAUACAAAUCUAGGUCAAGCCUUGCAUAUAGUCUAGUUUUUGACUUGAGAUUGCCCACGAGAUCUUAUUAGUCUUAUUUUGCAAACAUAUCCAUACAGGUAGUGAAGGGCAGACUGUAUAAUUGUUAGCACUGUUGGUCUGUUGUGUGAAUGAUGGUGUGUUUGAAUGAGGGUGCAUGUCACACUUUCGGGUGUUUUUGAGUGAUUGUGUGAUUUCUGUUGGGAUUUUUCUAUCCCAAAUGCAGUUGUGACAUACUGUACUCAUUUAUAUACUAACCAAAUAAACAGAUAAA